AUGAGAGCCUGGCUCUACAGCCACACCAACCCGACCCUCGAAGCCAACCUCACCCUGGAGCCCUGCGCCCGCGCGCCUCCCGCGCCUCUCAAGCCGUCGCAAGUCCUCAUCCGCGUGCUGACCGCCGCCCUGAACCCAGCCGACUACAAAGUGCCCGCGAUGCCGAUCAUCACAACGGCCCUGAUCCGCAAACCCGCCAGCCCGGGCCUCGACUUCGCCGGCGAAGUCGUCGCCACCGCCGACAACAACAACAAAACAUCAUCAUUCAGGCCCGGCCAAAUCGUCUACGGCACCCUCGACCUGCCCACCCAAUUCGGCUCGCUGGCCGAAUACCUCAUCGCCCGAGAAGAGAACCUCCACCCGAUCCCCGCGGGGGUCGAGGUCGACCACGCCGCGACCGUCGGCGUGGCGGGCAUGACGGCGUGGCAGUCGAUCGCGCCGUUCAUCGCCCCGGACACCGGGGCGAACGUCUUCAUCAACGCCGGGUCCGGCGGGUGCGGGAUCUACGCCAUCCAGAUCGCCAAGGCGCUGGGGUGCACCGUGACGACGACGUGCUCGACCAAGAACGUGCCGUUCUGCCGGGAGCUGGGCGCGGACGAGGUGCUGGACUACACCGCGGAGGAUGUGGUGGCCGUGCUCAAAGCCAAGGGCCCCGUGUUCGACCACGUCGUCGAUCACAUCGGCCUCCCCGCCGAGAUGUACAACGAGUGUCAUGCCUUCCUCAAGCCGGGCAAGGUGUUCGCGCAGGUCGGCGCGACCCGGUUCCCGACCUUCGCGACGCGGCUGCUGCGGCCCAGCUUCUUGGGCGGCGGGAAGCGGAGGUACCUGCCGAUCUUCUGGAAGCCCAGGAAGCAGGAUCUGGUCAAGGUGGGGGAGCUGAUCCGGGAUGGGAAGGUGAAGGUUGUGCUGGAUAGUGUCUACGAGUUUGAGGAGGCGCCCAAGGCUUUCGAGAAGUUGCGCUCGGAGCGGGCGCGCGGGAAGGUGGUGGUGCAUGUAUCGAGUCGAGACUAG